AUGUCCCUCCACGCCGCCCGCGAUGAGAUCGCGUGCGCGACGUGCCGCGCUCGCGGUGCGGCCUCCUUCGCGCCCUCCGACGCCGGCUUCUACGUCUGCGUGCGCUGCGGGACGCAGAGCCAAACGCAAAUCGCAAAUCUCGCCGAGAUUGGGCUCGAGGACGCGGACGACGGCGACGCGUUCGUCCCGGGCGCGGGACGCGUGAGCGGACGAAGCCUGCGCGCGCGCCGCGCGAAGAGCGCGCGCAAAAGCGCGACGCGGGCGGGGAAGCGGGCGCGAGACGCGGCGCGCGACCCCGGGACGGCGGCGGAGGCGUACGCGCGCGCGUUUCAGGCGGUGUUGAUGACGCAGACGCGCGCGGUGGCGACGCUGAUGGACGACGCGCGAGACGCGAGCGAAAAAGGAUUGGAAAACGCGGUGCGAGACGUGUGGGGACGGUAUCUGCGAGCGAGCGGGACGCUCGAGCGCGAGAGCGGAGGGACGACGACGACGACGGCGAGCGGCGAGGCGGACGACGGCGACGAAGACGAACGGACGAAAUCGACGACGGCGCGGUUCGUCAAGGAUCGAUUGCCGAUGGUGAUGAGCUUGGGACUGUUGUAUUUGGCGUUGGCGCGGCGCCGCGCGGCGAUUUUGCCGUUUGAGCUCGCGAAGAUGGCGGCGGAGGGAUCGUUGCCGUACUUGAACGUGUACGACGUCGUUCACGAGCACUGCGGCGAGAACACCGUGGAGCUUCUUCCGUCGGAUGAAAUAUUUCUGUUCGAGCAUCCGAAGAGGAUACCCACGCCGCAGCGCAUCGUCGCGGCGGCGGCGUUCGCGGCGGCGAAAAUUGACGCGCAGUUGCCGCCGAUUAACGCAGCGGCGAUAUUGACGCGAUACGUGGGAACGCUGUUCAAUUUGGACUCGCAAGUAUUACACGCAGCGCGUAGAACGCUUUCGGUUUACUUGUCGCCAGCUUUACGAUACGGCGCGAAAAAUGUCGUCGGCGCGCCCGAGUCGGCGCUCCUGGCGUACGUCGUCGUGGCGCUGAAGUUUUUGUACGGUUUAGACGGGAGAACGCACACGCAAGCGCGCGUUCAAAUUUCGCGUAAUGGUGUUCUGGGUAAAAUCGUUCGUCCAUCGAUCCAGGGCGUGUCUCCGGGUGGAUGGAGCGCUUGGGCGCGCGGCGUCGGGGCUUUGGGCGCGCCGGCGCUGCCGUGGAGCGAGGACUACGUGUCAAAGCUCGACGAUUGCGACAAGGAUCGUCACAUUCGAUUCGCUUAUCACAGACUAUUGAGCGGUCGUAUUAUGCCGUUUCCAUUCAACAGAAUCGAAGAGAAACUGUUGAAAGUCGUACCACCGACGAGAUUGAACGCCGACGCGUCGGUGCCGGCGCCGCCACCGCCGCCGGCGCCGUCCACGACGGAUCCUCAGCUCGAGUGUUUGAAAGCAAAACACGCGCUCGCCGAGUCAUACGAGACGCGUGUGCGCGUUCACUGCGCGCAUGCCGUCAUCGACGAGCUCAGGCUCGCGAACCCAGAGGUGGGUGUUGACUUCAAUAAUGAGCUUCGACGCGCGUGCGUGCGAUCGGUGCGUCUUCGCGCGGGCGGUCUCGCGCUGCGUCACGUCACCGAUGAACGCGCGAGCUCACUCAUCGCUCGCAAUGUGAACAUUUUCAUGCACGAGAAGGAAGAAAGUAUUGUGCACGCGGUCGGCGGCCAGCAGAUUAUCUCACGCAUGCGAUUAGAUUCGCUGGUGCGCCGUGUUCUCGCGGCGACUUUCAAGUCGGACGACGCGUUCGACGGCGCCCUAGCCAAGAGAUUGAUACGAACGAUUUUAAAGGCCGUGGAAACCGAGGAUCCGGAUUUGAACGCAGAAUUUACCAACAAUGAACGAAUCUCGUACAUUAAGGAGACGAUCAGUGACUUGGCUCGCGAGCAAGAGCACUUGAACGCCGUGUUGCGACUCGAUCCCGAUUGGAAAGGUUACGACGACGGCUCCGAGCGCACCGCCAAAAUCAUCGAUGAGCACAUCUGUGUGCGCACCGCUGGAUCGUACUUACCCGCGGCGAGCGCGAACAACGUAUUCGACGCUUGCCCUGCGGAGUAUGUGCAAAUCGUCGAAGCCUUGGCGCGUUUUGCGUGGAUUAAUCCCGAGGCGUUGCACGAGAGUGUCAUGGAGCUCGAGCUCGUGUUACUCGGCGUCGAAAAAAUGAUAGCUGUAGAGAAGACCAAGAAUAAAAAGGCUUUGAAGAAACGCAAGCGUUAGCAA